AUGGCUGUUAACUACUUUGCUCGUAGUCCAUUCGACGACUUGGAGGAUGAUGAAACUGCCUUGCAACAUGCUAAAUAUACCUUUCAUUUAGCAGAUCAGGAUGAAGGUGAAAAGCUAGCAUCCAAAUGGAACUGUAAAGAGAUAAUCAUCACUUUCGAUCCAGCUUCAACCAUUCUUUUACAAGGCUAUCUAAGCAAUAGAACAGUGAACAAUAUUGGCUACUUCGCCUUGGAUGGUCAAACUAGCCAACGUCAUCGAUAUCCAGUAAUUGGUAUCGACAAUGAAAACUCUAUAUUAAUAUGUUUUUGCUCCAACAAACCUCAAGAUUCUUUUCAAUGGGCACAAAGUUUAAUGCAGACGUUUGAUGCUGAUAAAGUGGUUCUCAUGACAUCGCUACAUCAAUGUAACUAUCAAAGUAUGCUACCAACUGUUUUGCCUUUCUUAAGGACAUUAAAAAGCGCCUUUUGGACGGAGAAUGACGACAUUACAACAUUAGAACAGCCCAAUAUAAUUAGCGAUGCUCCUGCUGCUGUUCUAACUGAAUGCCAAAUCAGUGCGAAAGCUGCAGUUUUGUAUAUUUGCUAUACGGAAUCAUCCACAGUUGAUAUGCAAACUUUGAAGCUCUUGUGGAGUUGUUUAACUAAGUCUGUGCUACAGCAAAGUACCAAUGUAUCAUGGGAAGAACUUCGUGACAUCUACAAGAAAGCAAUAAGUCUAAGGCUGUCAGCAAACAAUAUAUAUAUGUAA